AGCCCAGACCCUGAGGUGACCUUGAGAAUAAAUGCAAGACAGAGGUGCUGCUGAGGAAGGAGAGCCCUGUGGUGGGGAUGACAAGAAGCUGUGAGAGCCCUGAGAAGGUGCUGUGUCCAUCCCCUGUGUGCCAGGAUUUGUCCUUCCCAAAGCUUGGGCGGAUGGCGGAGGAGGCUGCGAGGAAGAGGAAGAUGCCUUGGGCCCCCCAGGCAGGCCCCGAGCUGAGGACGGAGAGCCCGGAGGACAAAUCCCCCCGUGAGACCCUGUUGGGAGAGGCCGUUUUGAAGGGCUCCCCGGCGCAGGAAGGCAGCGGGGAGGAAAAGGGCCGGAGAUUCCCCCACAGGAGGGACUCCAAAGCCAGCCCAGGGUGCUCUGAGGAGGAAAGAGCCAGCCUGUGCUGGGAAGGCGGCUGGAGCUUGAGGGGGAGCUCUGACCUGGUGGUCCCUGAGCAGCCUCCCAGCAGGGAGAAACCCUUCAGGUGCUUGGAAUGUGGGAAGAGCUUCAGGAAGAGCUUCAACCUCCUCCGCCACCAGCACAUCCACACUGGGGAACGGCCCUACACUUGUGGGGAAUGUGGGAAGAGCUUCAGGCAGAGCUCCGUCCUCUGCGCCCACCGUCGCAUCCACACUGGGGAACGGCCCUACAAGUGCUUGAAAUGUGGGAAGAGGUUUCGGACCAACUCAAGUAUCCUCAGGCAUGAGCAGACACACACGGAUGAGAGACCCUUCCGCUGCACCAACUGCGGGAAGGGCUUCAAGCAGAACUCCCACCUCGUCACCCACCGGCGCAUUCACACUGGAGAGAGGCCCUACAAGUGCUUGGAAUGUGGGAAGAGCUUCAGGACAAGCACCGCCCUCCUCACCCACCAGCACAUCCACACUGGGGAACGGCCCUACACGUGUAGGGAAUGCGGGAAGAGCUUCAGUGACAGGUCCACCCUUCGCACCCACCAGCACAUCCACACUGGGGAAUGGCCCUACACGUGUGGGGAAUGUGGGAAGGGCUUUGGCCGGAGGUCCAACUUUCGCACCCACCAGCGCAUCCACACUGGGGAACUGCCUUACACGUGUGGGGAAUGUGGGAAGAAUUUCAUGAACAGCUCCCACCUCCUCACCCACCAGGGCAUCCACAGUGAGGAACGGCCCUACAAGUGCUUGGAAUGUGGGAAGAGGUUUCAGACCAGUGGGAGUCUCCUCCUGCAUGAGCGGACGCACACGGAUGAGAGGCCCUUCCGCUGCACCGACUGCGGGAAGGGCUUCAACCGGAGCUCCACCCUCAUCACCCACCGACGCAUCCACACCGGGGAGAAGCCCUACAAGUGUGGGGAGUGUGGGAAGAGCUUCACCCAGAACUCUAACUUGACCAAACACCAAAGGACCCACCAGUAAGGGAAGCCCUACCAGUGCCUCGACUGCAGGAAGAGUUUUGGCUGCUUCUUCUACCCCAAAUGAACCCCGUGAUGGUGAGGCAACCCCUGGAGUCCAGUGACUGUCAGUCCAUCGCUUUUGACCACAAAGAGCCAGUCCCCUUCCCCAGGGGCAGGUUCUGCCAACAGAACCCUUCCUGGGGAUGUGUGGAGAUUCCUGCUUUGGCUGGGGACCCCCUAAGGUCACUGCUGGAGGUUGAGAGCAGAGAUCUCCCCCUGAGCGUUGGUCUGGGGGAGUUCCAUCCGUCUCUAAUUGAGAAUUAUUGCUUUUGUGCCAGCUUGAGUAGAAUUGCUUCAACAAUUGCUUUAGUGUAGAGCCCUGUCCUAUCUUAUGCUGUACUCCUGGUAGUUCUAGUGUUUCUGUUG